UGUGUUCUAGCAAGCUAAAUCCAUCAGAUUCCUUCAACCAGGAUCAGUAAUUCUCAAUCAAUAGGAGAGAUUAACCAGCAAGAUGAUCAGGAUUCUGCUGUUGGUGGCCUUUGCUGGCCUUGUGGCUGCUGGAAGGAUAGCUGUGAAUCCGGAAAGGAUUCAGGGUAUUGACCGCAUGUCCUUGGAGGAUCUGCAGCGACAGAAGUUCAUCCUGGACAUCGUUCAGAAUAUCCGCCAGCCUCUGCAGCAAAACGAACUCAUCCAAUUGGAUCAGGGUUUGAUUGUGGACAGCCAGCGUUAUCGCGGUGGAAUCGACGGGGAAAUGCAGCGCGUCAUUGACUUGGAUCGCCAGCGUCGUCUUCUGGAUGAGCACCAGGUUUACUCCGUUGCUCGUUUGGAGGAUGUGGAACAGCUGCGUGGCAUUUACCGCCUGUUGGUUCGCUCCCAGGACUUCGAUACCCUGCGUCGCAAUGUUGUCUACCUCAGAAGGAAUAUCAAUCCCGUACUGCUGGUGAAUGCCUUGUCCUUGGCCAUCCGGGAUCGCGAGGACACUCGCAACCUGAUUGUGCCCGCUGUCCAGGAAUUGCUGCCCGAAUUGGUUUUGGACGAAGAGGUUGUCGAUCAGGUUCGCGGAGUUCUAAGGCAGCAAUCCCAGCGUCCUUCGCUCAUGGACAUUGUGGUGCCGCAACAGCGUGGCAUUAAUCCCGUGAUGAGCAUCCUGAUGCCCUGGCGUGGAAUCCACAUGCAGAUGGCUCUCAUGAGGCAGCAGCAGUUGCAGCAACAGAAGUUGCAACAACAGCAGAACCUUGUGGGCCAAAAGCGAGUGGUUAUUCGUGCCGAGACCCCCGGACAAAUCGAAGGAACUUCCCUGCUUACCGAAGACAUUGACCUGCGCAACUUUGUCCAGAAUCUCAUCCAGGAAGUGGCCCUGCUGGAGGAUGUCAACCAGGUGGAGCAAAUCGACAGGGAUCAAGAGGAGCAAUUGAUUGGUCGUCAAAGCCAAUAUAACAACAGGCAGAGGGAAUUGGAUCAGGAUAUCGACAGUGACCGUCUGCUUCGCGUGAACCGUCGUCGUCUGCAGGAUCCGGAACAGGAUCGGGAGCAGGAUCAGCUCCAGAAUGUAUUUGGCAACCAGAGGGAUCGUUUCCAGCGAACCCUGCGCCGCGAUGAUGAUAAUGAUGAUGACGAUGACAACGAUGAUGAUGUUCGCAGGGGACGCGUGCAACUGGAACGAGGUUAUAGCCAAGGAGGUCUUCGCAUUGGAGGAGGAGCUCGUGACCUGCCCACUGUGAAUGUGGACAGUGACCGACUGCUCCAUGUGAGCCGCCGUCGACUGAAUGCCAUCCAACAGGAGCAGGAGAAGCAGGAGCAACAGAAUCAGCGCCAGCGUUUCUUGGGUUUGGUGCGAGGUGAUCGCAUCUUUGGAGUUCAACGUCAAUACUCCAACCAGGACGAUGAGGUACAGAACCGUUAUCAAAACCAGUACCAGAACCGUUACCAGAACCAGAUCCAGUACCAGAACCAGUACCAGAACCGGUACCAGAACCAGUACCAGAACCAGUUCCAGAACGAAAGACAAGGACGUCGCUAUGGAGUCCAACAGGAUCAGUUGGAGACUGUAAAUCGCGAUGAUGAGAGUUUGGUGCACAUCAACCGCCGACGCCUCGACCAGGACAACAACCUGGACAUCCAGCAGCAGCAGGAUCACCCCCGUCGCAUUGGCUCCAUUGGCGAGGGUCGUCGAGUCCUCGAUCGUCCCAUCCAGGAUGAGGAUAUCCUAAAACUGAUCCGCGGCGAUGGCCGCCUGCAGUUGAUGAGUGACGAAGAGAUCCUUGAUAUGCUCAAGAGGAACCGCCAGCAGAAGCAGCAAAGAAACAUUAACGAUGAUGAUGAAAACGAUGAUGAUGAUGACGAGGAUGUUGAACGCCGAGUGCGAAGCCGUCGCAGCCUCCGCCAGCAAUCCAAUCUUCGCCAGCAGAACAGCCGACGUGGCGAAAUCCUUCUGCACAAUCUCCGCCAGCUGGUGGCCCGUCUCAACCAGGAGGCCAUCUCCCAGGGUGAGAGGAUCGACCAAGGACUGGGACAGCAGCAGCAGCUCAUCAACAAUCCCCGCCUGACGCAAUCCGAGCGAUACGCCCUCCGACUGAACCAAAUCCGCGUUGAUUCUCAGCGCAAUCGCGAGGUGCUCUCGCAGAUUGGCCAAAUCGAGAGGAGUCUCCAGGAGGUGAUUGGUCAGGUCUUGAACCAGGUUAACGUAAACUCCCUUCGUGGUCAGCUGGAGGACCAACGCCAGUUGGAAUCCCUGAUUGCCGAUGUCCUGCUCGGUCGCGUUGGCCAAGUGGGCAUCAUGAGCAUCAUUCGCCAAGUGGUUCAGGAUAACAAUGGCCAGCAGAUCGAUCGCAAUGGCUUGGGCAUCCGCCUCAGCGAUCCCGUGGUGCAGCACACUCUCCGUCGGAUUGUGAGGAUCGUGGACCAGCAACGCGAACAGAUCCUGGGAGCCUAUCGCCAGGAGCAACUCCAAAUGCGCGGUGUUACCAUCAACGAUGUCCGCGUGGACAAAUUGCGCACUCGCAUCGAGGAGCAGGAGUUGGAUCUAAGCAACCUGGUGGAGGAGCAGCAGGAUCGGCGAGUCCAGCAGGAGAUUGUGGGUCGCCAGCGACGUCUGAUCAGCAGGGACUUCACCAUCGACAUGGACAUCACCUCGGAUCGCGAUCAGGAGGCCAUAGUUCGUGUGUUCCUGGGACCCGCAGAGGAUCAGCAGGGCAGACAAGGAGUUUCGCUGGACGAGCGUCGACGUGACUUUGUCCUCCUGGAUGCCAUCAAUGUGCAGUUGCAGUCGGGACGCAAUCGCGUGCAGCAGAGGUCUAAUGACAUCCCCUGGACCAAACAGGAUGUUACUCCUCUGGGCGAGAUCUACCGUCAAGUGAUGCUGCAGCUGAAGAACCAAGGAAAACAGGUUUUCGGUGUUCAUGAACUCGUUGGCGAAAAUGGACGAUUCCCCGAGCAUCUGCUGUUGCCACGCGGAAGAGCCGAGGGUCUGCCCAUGCAGGUCCUGGUGGUGGUUUCCCCCCUCGACCAACAGGAGCAGGAAAUCGUUCCCGAAGUCAGCAUUGGCAUUGGAUCCGCCUCCCUGCGGGAUGUCCGCCCACUGGGUUACCCCCUCGAUCGUCCCAUCCGCGAUGAGCAGAGCCUGCUGCAACUGUCCAAUGUCCUGCUGCAGGAUGUGGUCAUCAUCCAGGAGAACUAAGAUUCCCAGUUAGGAAGUUUCAACCAACAACCGAUCGACAGGACAAGCUAUUGAAACUGGACCCUUCUGAAAAACCCAUAACGAACCCUAGAUUAAGUCAAUCGAAGUUAAAUCACUAUACAAUAGCAGCAUGUUAAAUACUCUUGUAACCAAUUUAUCUAUACUUGUUAUUAAAGUCCUCGCAAGCGAUGCAAAAAAGCAUUAAAA